UCUGUGUUGUAGGGAGGUUUGUUUGUGUAUUACGUGUUGAUGUUGUUGUUAUGAUUUCCUUGCCUAUUGCAGGCGGCAGGAUGUAAAUAUUUUUAGUUAGUAAAAGUGCAAUGUGAUUGUAACAACGGUGUAAUGAAUUGUUACAUGAAAUUUUCACCAAGGGAUACAAAGACUGCCAAGAAUGAUCUUUUCAGUAACAGUGUAAACAGGAUAUGGCAUAUUCGUGUGUGCGAGUAUCAUUUGACAUUGGCCAUGAGGCAUCCAUUCGUGCAAAACGCACACCAGAAGGCUUCACUCAUGAUUGGAAAGUGUUUGUGCGAGGUACAGAUAAUGCUGAGAUACAGCAUUUUGUGGAAAAAGUAGUGUUCCAUUUGCAUGAAACGUUUCCUAAACCUAUCCGUGUCGUGAAAGAACCACCAUUCACUGUCAAGGAAUCUGGCUAUGCAGGCUUUACACUGCCAAUUGAGAUUUAUUUCAAGACCACUGAAGAGCCAAAAAAAUUCCGGUAUGAAUAUGAUCUGCACCUUCAACCAGCAGGUCCUCCCAUCCACAAGGUCUUGACACACCCAUUCACAUUUCCAAACCCUGGUGAAGAACUACGAAGGAGGCUUAUAAAGGGUGGUGGUGUAGGUGUAGGGACGGAGCCUGGAUCCCAAUUAGAAAAACUUCCUGCCUGUGGAGGGGACGAACAGUCCUCUGCAGCCCCUUCAUUAGGCAGCAAAUCCAAGCUUGGAUGGGAUGCAACAAAGAAGCACAAGGUUAAAGAUCUGCGUCCCCCUGAGAAGUUUUCCAAUAUUUUUGGAGAUCCUAUUAAACCCAGUUCCAGUAAAGUUUCUCCAGAUGGGACCAAAAAAUCAUCAUCUAGUGCUCCAUCACCCAAAAUAUCACCAAGUUCCAAAACUGUUCCGGGUUCAACGGGUGGAAAACAACUACCACAUCAUUCAAAAUCUGGAAAACAUUCAUCGGAAAGUCGAGGCAGUAAGGAAAAGGAUAAGGAUAAGGACAAGGAAAAGAAAGAAGGAAAAGAUCGGAAAGAUGGUAGCAAAUCCCAUCACACGUCACCAAAAGUUCCUCCACCUUCAUCACCAUCUUCAAAAUCCUCAUCCCACCCUGCUCAAGUUCCUGGUUCUCAAAAGCAGCCCUCUUCCUCAUCAUCAAGUACACCACCAAAAAUACCUGGUGCAGCACCUGCAGCAACAAAAUCAUCCUCUUCAUCUCAUAAGAGUUUAAAAGAUGACACAACUCUAAAAAAGCCGUCAUCUUUAGCAGUAGAAGAAACAAAAUCAAAAUCAGAUGCCAAAUCAGCAACAGAAAGUAACAAAUCAGAAAAGAAAAAGAAGGACAAGAAAAAUCGUGAUGAAAAACCAAAGAAGGAGAAACAUUCCAAUAAACAUGAGUCUGCCAGUAAGGGAAGUAGUGAGAAGCCAUCAACUGAUAAGGUGCAGAAAGAACACAAGGAUAAAGAGGCCACAGAUACAAAGAAGAAGGACAAAGAACAUAUUCCUACCAAAGACCCUGUUAGUAAACCAUCAGGAGAAAAGGAGAAGGAAAGAGAAAAGUCAAAGCACAGUGAAAGUAAUGAUAAGGAGAAAAGGCACAAGCACAAGAAAAAAGAUAAGAGCACAAAAGACAGAGACAGAGAAAAACAAAAAGAGAUAAAAAGUAAAGUAAAAGAACGUGAAAAGACUGAAGUAGUGACACAGAAUCUGCCAGAAACAGCUGUUGAUGUUAUAAAACAGGAUUCUAGCAGUCCCAAACAAGAUUCCAGCAGUCCUUCACCAGAGAACACAUCAUCUAAGACGUGGAACAACAACUACAGUGGAGAAGCUGAGGUCCAGAAUCACACUGCAUCGUCCCAGCCAGCUCCAUCAAAGCGCCCAUUGAAUGCAUUGAUACAAGAAAUGGAGGGCAAUGACUCCUUAUCUGAUCUGUCUGAGGUAGAAGAUGUCUUACCACCACCUCGGCAAGUUGUAGCUGCACCACCACCACCUCCUCCUCCACCGCCACUUCCACCACCUCCUCCACAUCAGAGCUCACCAUCCUCGGGUUCACCAAAACAGAGUUCUCCUGCAGUAACUGACCCUGCUAUUACAGCAAAAUCAGGUUCAAACCGUGCCACAAAGGAGAAGGGUGAGCGCUCUGCUGCAAAAAAAGCAAAAGAUAAACAACCAAAAGAGGGCAAAGAACGUAAGCGCAAAAGGCAUAGUAGCACAAGUGCUUCAACUGCAGAAGAGACUUCACAACCUCCACCUCCGAAAUUACCAAGACAGGAUUCGCCAGAACCUGAGCCUUGUGUAACACCUGAAGACAAAAUAGUGUCUCCAGAAACACAGUCUAGUGAACGUGUUCUUACAGCGGAGUAUGUCUCUCAACUGCGUGACCUCCAACGAAAGAUAAUGACCCUUGAAGACAAUGCUGAGCUUCAGAAAGUUGUGCAGGUUAUUGCAGAAACAGGCCAGUAUGAGAUAACAAAGAAGACUUUUGAUUUUGAUCUCUGUACAUUGGACCGAAGCACAGUUCGCAAGCUGCAGGAAUUCUUUGCCCCCUCCUGACAGCAGCCAUUCAUGGAUGAAGGAGUCUAGUACCUGGAAACACAUCAUCAGUCAACCAUGGCUGCAUGUAGUUUCACUAUAACAUGGGCAUCUGUAACACGUACUUAGUAUGUGACUGUGGUGAUUAUACAGUGAUGCCAAAUAGAAUAGAAAAGAGCUGAAUAAAAGUGUGUAACUAAGGAUGGUUAUUCCUGUAGCUGAUAUUUAUCAGCUUUAGUACUGUGUGAAUGCCUUUAUGUGAGUUUCACAGGAGUUUUGAUGUAAUUCUCUGCUCCCUGAAGUAUUUUUUUGAGUGGUAGCAGUACUGCAAAGCAGUAAUUAUUGCGUGUGUUCCGAUGAAAUUAGAGAGUAUUUUACCACUCUCUAUAAGUUAGGGUUCUGUGGAGCAUAUGAAAACAGUGCAUCAGUCACUGUUAUGUGUAACGGUAUUCAGUAUGUACUGCAUCAACAGCACUCUUGAACUGUGGUAUCUUUAAUCACUGUGAUUGCAGCAAUCAAAUGCAUGUAGUACCAUAUUGCUGUAACUGGUUUUUUAAUAGUGCAUUCCCCAUUUCAUCACACUUUUAGCUUUUAUAUGAAAAAUUUGAUGACAAGAUUGGCAGUACCUGCUAAGGAAGACACCAAGUUGAGGGCAUACAUUGAAAGUUACAGUAUAUAUCUUGAUGAAGAUUGCUUUUUUUCUCACCAGACAGCAGAAGUAACAGUGAAUUGUUAUCAGACUCCUGACAGAGGCAGUUAAGAUGCUUCACUCUGUCUGGUGAGAGUGAGUAGUUCGUAAAAAAAUGCAGCAGCGUUUGUGUAACAGCAUUUUCUUCUUCUGUAUGUAAUACAGUGUCAUUAUGGAAUGCCACCUGUUAAAAAAGCAAUCUCACAUUACUUUACAUGAAUGACAUGAGGAACUUGAUUAAUAAUUGUGAUUAGACUGCUUUUUAUCUUGUUUUUGUUUUCUAUUUUGUAUCAUACACUGUUGUGUUUCAGUUUAUGGUAGCGUAACUUUUUAUGUGUAAUUUGUUGUGUGUUGUCUCUUUCUGUAAAAAAGAUAAUGGUUGAAAAUGUUAUUGUUGCAGUUGCAAUUUAUUGUUUAAAAUUUGUUACUAUGAUUUAACAAGUUUAGUUAUGUCACCUUAUAAUAAUGAUCUCACAUUUUCAUUUAGCAUGCAUCACAAUUUUACUGUGUUCACUGGAUGUGAGGUGUCCAUUUGUAACUGAUUCAGAUAUGUACUUAAUAGAAAUUUCAUUUAAAAACAUCAAUUUCUCAGGAACCCUAUUUAGUAUUUACAUAUUGUUGUUAUACAACAAAUUUCAUUGAAUUUUUACAAAAAUACACCUACAGUUUACUGCAGCCACCCUUACUUUCAUCCCUUCUUCUUCUUCUUCUUCUUCUUCUUCUUCUUCUUGUGGGAGCAGUGCACCUCUGAAAGGAAGUUGCCCAAUGUCAACCUGUUCUCUUAUAUUUCACAAGAUUUUUUAUUCAGAACUCCCAAAGAUUAUUGUGAUGUCAAAUGUUUACUGAGUUUUAAAAUCCUUUGGUUUUUUUCCAUGCUCCAGUAUUCAAACAUUUUGAAAUAAUACUUGUACAUUAUACAAUGAAGAUAAAUUCCAAGCUAAUGUUUGUCAUGAAAUGUGACAUUUUGUUCCCGGAUAUGUUUCAUCAUUGUUAAUUGUACUGUGUAGUAAAUACACCUGUGAUAAGUUUUCAUUAAAGUGUCCUUGAGUACUGUAAAGCCUACUGGUGAUAUGAUAGGCCUAAUAAUUGUUAAGAAAAUUGUAUUAUUUGUUGUAACUGUUUAAAACCAGUAAGUGAAAGGAGCAUUUUUGAUAGUUACAAAAAAGAAAAGAGUAUUUCAUCUGUGUCCAAAAUAUUACAGUGUUAAUUUCAUUGAUUACUGGGCUGUAAACACAGUUUCUUCAUUGAGUCCAGUCAUAACAUGGAACAUUUAUUUGAGCUGUAGUUGGUACACAUAAAAUGAUUCAACAGUUGUGAACAAACAUAUAUGUGUGUCAGAAUUUAAAAUUGAUGUUUCAGACUAUAAAAAAUUUAAUAUGUGAAAAAUGGAAGCAGUUAUUACUUACAGAAUAGUUUUCCCUUAAAGCAGAAUUUAUAAUCUUCCACCCUUAUUACAUUUAACAUUUCUUAAAACCUAUUGCUUUUUCAUGCUGAAUACUAACUUUUUGUGUCAUUUUUCCACCCUUUUUUUCUCUAAUGUGAGUGUAAUUGCCCCUCAUUCUGAUUAUAAAUUUAGUAUAAAGGAAGGAAACCAUGCUCCAAAGACAUCAGGAAGAGUUUAGUUGUGAAUGGAAUGUAACUCACUAAGGAAAUUGUAAAGGUAUACAAAUUUACAUGAGAGAUCAGUUCGUUAAUUGAAUUAAAAAAUGUGUAAUGCAAUGUAGAAUAGUCAUUUGAUAUCCUGCGAUUUGAGAAAAAUAAGCAUACAGAACUGCUUGACUGAUGGGGUUACUUGCAGUAAACAGGACAUGCUGACAAAAACUGGCAAUUGAUAGAAAGUUUAAGUAUUUAUGUUGUGUGUGCUUUUUGUUUAAUCUGUUCUGUUUAUUCCUGCAGAAAAACAGACAUUGAAUAAAUGAUUAAAGUUGUUUCA